AUGGUGGACGUGCUGGGCGGCCGGCGCCUGCUGACCGGGACGGCCGUGGUGGAGGCCGAGGAGGAGCUGCAGAACAAGGUGGUGGCGCUGUACUUCGCCGCCGGCUGGUGCGCGCCCAGCCGCGACUUCACGCCGCUGCUCUGCCACUUCUACGCGCAGCUGGUGGCCGAGGCGCGGCCGCCGGCUCCCUUCGCGGUGGUGUUUGUGUCGGCCGACGGCAGCGCGCAGGAGAUGCUGGAUUUCAUGCGCGAGCUGCACGGCGCCUGGCUGGCGCUGCCCUUCCACGAUCCCUUCCGGCAGGAGCUGAGGACCAGGUACCACAUCACAGCCAUCCCCAGGCUGGUGAUUGUGAAACCAAGCGGGGAGGUCAUCACCGACAAAGGGCGGAAGCAGAUCCGGGAGCGGGGGCUGGCCUGCUUCCAGAGCUGGGUGGAGGCGGCCAACAUCUUUCAGAAUUUCUCCGGGUGACGCCGGGGGUCUCGGGAGCACCCGCUGCUGCAUCCUGAGCGCGGGAAGGGGAGCGGCCAUCUCCUCCCCGCCCGCACUGGUACGGUUUAUGUCCCGGCACAGAGAAACGCUGCCAGGGAGGAUCCCGUAGCCUGCGGAUCCUUAUCUCUAUCACUCUUAGCAGAGCUGUCUUCACGCGAGCCUGAGUAUGCUCCCGUUGGGCUCUUGGGAAUCCAUGGAAAACACAUCUUUAUACCACUCCUCAGGUGAAAGAACACAUUUACGAAUACGUCUUCUGGAGAGUUACUUCGGUUAAUGCUAAGUUCUCACGACUCAUGUAUCACUGAGGUUUGCAGAAUCCGUACGCUUUAAUAAACAUUUCCGGCACAGCCCUCUGAUCUCCCUCCUUGUCCCCGCAAACCAGGCGCUCGCACGGGGACAGUGAGGUGCUCCCCCAGUGCUGGUCUCCACACUGUGCUCCCAUUUCCAGAGUCUCACAGCUGCUCGAGGCUGCACGUUCACGGUGUCAAACCCGCGUCUCCUGUGGGUGCAGAU